UUGAGAAGCCCCAAAUAGACAGACUGUUCAUUUCCUUUCGCACUUGCCCCGGUCUUACCGCAAACCACGCCUGGCCAAGCCCUGUUCCGCCUAGAGCCUCGGUGACUUUAUCUAGGGGCGGGAGCCAGGAGCACUUCCGCUGGCCCAAGUGAUCUGCACGUGGCAGGGCUGCGCAGUGGAGCGGCCAGAGGGCAGGAUGACGAGCCAGACCCCUCUGCCCCAGUCUCCCCGGCCCGGGCGGCCGACGACGUCUACCGUUGUGGAGCUGAAUGUGGGGGGCGAGUUCUACACCACCACCCUGGGCACCUUGAGAAAGUUCCCGGGCUCAAAAUUGGCAGAGAUGUUCUCUAGCUCAGCCAAGGCCUGCACGGACGCGGAGGGCCGCUUCUUCAUUGACCGUCCCGGCACCUAUUUCAGACCCAUCCUGGACUACCUGCGCAUCGGGCAAGUGCCCACGCAGCACAUCCCUGAAGUGUACCGUGAGGCUCAGUUCUACGAAAUCAGGCCUUUGGUCAAGCUGCUGGAGGACAUGCCGGAGAUUUUUGGUGAGCAGGUAUCUCGGAAACAGUUUUUGUUGCAAGUGCCAGGCUACAGCGAGAGCCUGGAACUCAUGGUGCGCCUGGCGCGUGCAGAGGCCAUAACAGCGCGGAAGUCCAGUGUGCUUGUGUGCCUGAUGGAAACUGAGGAACAGGAUGCAUGUUAUUCAGAGGUCCUGCAUUUUCUGCAGGAUAAGGAGAAGUCCGUUGUCAAGUUUGGGCCCUGGAAGGCGGCCCUAGACAGCAGCGACCUCCUGUACUGCCUGGCGAUGGACAUCAAGGCCCAGGGGUACAACGUGGUCUACGACCUCUUCCUGGUAUACCCUGCCAAAACCACCAGAAUGUAUUUGAACAUUUAUUCAUUCACCUUCACCUGGUGGUGAUCCUCAGGAGCAGAGACUGUCAAGAGUUCUGGCACGGCUUAUGAAAUUAAAAGUUGCCAUCAAAGCCAUUUUCCUUUACUUUCACAAACAUCAGGCAAUUUCCAAGGUUGGUUUACAGUGUUGCCUCUAAAUAUUAAUUUUCCAUUUAAGGACUUUCCACUCCAUUGCAACUGAUGCCACUAUAUUUGCCUAGCAACUUGCAGCUGCUCCCUCUUUAAAGCCUCCUGUACCUCCCAGACCCUUCUCUUGAAGUUCAAUAACAAGGCCAAGUAAGAAUGUGUCAACAAUGCUUUGGCAAGAGAUGACAACAGAAACAUACAAGGGAUGACAACAGAAACAAGCAAGAUACCGUGCAUCUAGAUGUUCUGACCUAAAGAUGUAGUCUGCGUAUCCCCAGCUUGUGGUCCAGUCCAUCUAGCUCUGGCAUGUGCUUUCAUGUAGUAGUUUGUGCAUUCCUGAUCUCCUUUGCCAGAUGCUGUGGGUACUAAAACCUCACAGCUGUCCUCUUCUCUAGAAUGGAGGUUUUCAAAGUGCAGCAUCAGCAUUACCUGUGAACUUGCUGGAAAUACAAAUUCUCAGACCUGUUGAAUCAGAAUCUCUGGGGGUUGGUGUAGUAUUCUGGUUUACCAAACCCUCCAAGUGAUUUUGAUGUACUCUAAUUUUGAGACCAUCUCUAGAAAAGAAUUGCUACCUCUCAUAUGGAGGUACGAAAAGAGUGACCUCUUACAUCAAGGAACUUCCUUUUCCAGAGCUUCUCAUGGAAUCAAGCUGAAGUCAGUCUUCUGAGAGCACAUUCUUACUUAGUUUUUUUUCUCUGCUCUACACUGCUUCCCUCACUCCCCUUCUCCUAAGGGCACUCCAUCAAUAAACCACUUACAUGAGA